AUGAACUCAUUGUGGAAUUUCCUCGAUUGGUUUCUGCCCUCAGUACGAUUAUCUGACGAUCUGGAGGAUCCCUACGCGUUGUCCGACGACGGUUAUUCCGUGCUUCAUCUCUCAUCUCCUGCUUCAUCUCCGCCCAGAACUCGGAGUCAACGUCGGGACUGGACCCAGGAGCACGAUCGCGAAUACGAGCGCGACCGGGAGCGCGAGCGCGACAAGGAUCCACAGCGCAUUCAGACAUUGGAGCGCGACAACGCCGCACUUCACCAGAGGAUCUCCUCCCUCGAACAUGACCUGCAGUCCGCUCGACAGUCUCUCGCUACAGUUUCACUACUAUCCUCCUCCAUCCCUCCUUCUCCCGAGAAAUUGAUCCAGCAGCAGGUACAUCAUCCACAAAAUCCGGACCUGGUCAGCUUGCGCACCUCUUAUGACUCGCUAAUGUCUUCGUACUCUGUCAUGCACCGCACCUUACAGGAACGCAAUGAAGAAGUCGCUAGUAUGAAGUCGUUCCUUAGCAAGACCGACGAGUGGUCGGGCGCUCAGCUGCUCCAGGCCCUACAUGACUUGAACGCGGAGAUUGUACAGCUGGCGGCUUCCGUGGCGGAGGAGUUCGCACCGUCAUUAGACCGGCAUGUCAAUCUCUCACGCUUAUCAGACCACGAGCUGGUGACGAAGUCACUUGGGCCAAUUAUGACGAACCUGCUUGAAACGCGGGACCACGCGGGGGACCCUACGCUGGUGCAGUUCGCGAUUCAGGCGUGGGAGGUGUGUUGCGUAGGCCGGGUGCUGGACGCGUUCUGCUUUGGGCUGCCUGAGGAAGUGGACCGGUUCCUAGCUGGUGUGUUCAGUCGCAUGCAUCGUGCAGAGCCGCAGCCGACGACAUCUCGUUGGCGCGCCCUCACGUAUAUGCACGCGCGUGCGUCGCUCCCCCCAUCAGCCGACACAUCCUCAUCUUUCCACUCCCUAAAUGAGACAAAUCUACGUGGUCUGCUCGCCAUUCUCGCAAUCUCCGGCUGCACAGACUCGCGUGGCGUGCACCGCGACCCCUUACGCACGCGUUUCGGUGGUGCGCUAGCGCGGAUUGGUGAGCGGGCGGAACGAAUAGCCGGCGCGGUCAAGGAGGGCGUCAUGAGUGGCGUUUUCGAAGUCACCUGGGUGACCGGUAAGGGAGUGAGCAACGGGCUCGGGAAGGAGGGCGAGUGGUGGUUCGACAGGCCAACGAUGGACAACGUGUACGCGGGGCACGGUUCUGAGCGCUGCAAAGUGCUGUGCACGGUGGAAUUCGGACUGCUGUGCGUCCAACGAGUGGGGUGGGCUAGCGCUAACGUCAAUGGGAACGAGGUUGACUCGCAUGUGAUGUCGCACGAGCGGAAACCGGUCGCCAAUGGCAAUGGCAUUCCCAGUGUAAAUGGCAGCACCACAUCGAAUGGCGCAAGCACGGAAGGCACGCUGAUUAGCAACCUCCUCUUGAAGCCGAAGGUUCUGCUGGAGUCUGUUUCGGAGAUUUUGUGA